UCUUGCUGGUCUCCUCCUCCAGGUACAUGGAGCCGCGCCGCCUCUGUCUUACCCCUUUCUCGUUGUCGUUGGACUGCGCAUCCCCGUUGACUCUCUUGUAAGCCGCGUCCAUCGUCUCUUGACGUGCAGGUGAUUCAAGGAAAAGAGAAGGGGCCCGUCUUUGUGUCUUUUGUCAGCAAGGCCGUCUUGUGGGAAAGGCCCGUCGUCUCCUGCCGGACUGCCCGCGCGAGUCCCCAGCGUCCCUCCGCACUUUGCCCUCGCUUCUUGUCUCACAUGAAGUCCGACUGCCAAGGCCUCCGACCCCCAUGUUUCCUGAGCUCCAAGCCGUCAGCUCAGCCUCCGUCUGCAAGCAUACGGCCGGCCGCUCGCCCCUACCGACCGCCGCCAGGCUCCGGCCACGGCCAAACCCACGGGAGAGCGCGUGAAGGCGUCCGAUAUGCCGUCGCCGGCCGACCUCCCGUUCCGCCGUCAUCCACCAUCGCGAGACCACACAGCAAAGUUCCCAAAGAUGGACGCCGGCCAGCGAACGGACCCGAAGCGGGAGAACCCGACGGGGAAUUCUGCUUCAGUCCGAGCGGGGCCAAGCGUUCCGAGGUCUCUUCAGACUUGGGUCGUCCGACAUCCGGUCUAUUCAGCGGCGUCACAUCUGGAGAUCCGAGGCAACCGUCAUCCGCAUCACCGGGCCUUCCCGAACGAUCCCACCGUCGACCGACUCCUCGGAACGCCUUGGUUCCAAUUCACGCCGUCCCGCCCGAACUGCCUAAUGUCGAUGGUUCUUCGGAAAAGCCCGAGGACACCUUAGAAGGUGCCAGAAGUUCCUCCACAGACGCCGUCCCACCGUUGGACUCCCGUCGUGGUGUCUCUGCACUGAGUCCCGUUUUAGCGAGCAGGAGAACCCCCUCUGCGGACCCCCGGCGCUGGCCCGUGCUGCCUCCCAUUCCCCCCUUGAAAGGUCGCUGCGGCCCGACGACAAAGUCACUGGACUCAGAAGUCAGUGGCGUUCACCGCGACCCGUUUGAGGAAGCGGACGCCGUCGCCCCCUCGACGCCUUCGCCCCGCUCGUCUCUGGACCGAGCGGCCGACUCGACGGGCAGCGGAGAUCGGGAUCGGCGCGGCCGCCGUUUGUCGUCGGGGGAUUCGGGCUCGCUGGCGCGUGUGCGCCUGCUGCUCCUAGAGCGUGGCAUCACGCCCGAAGGCACGCCUGACCUGGCGCCAGGCGAGCAGGACGACGUUUGUGAUGUCACGGCCACCUCAGAAGGUCCCACGGGGAGUCCCGACUCAUUCUGGAAGGUCCCGGAAGCUGACGAGUCGGAUUGGUCGCUGGGAGCUUCCAGGUCUCCUUCGUCAUGCCUCCUAAGCGCGACGCCGUCAUCUGACGGCUUCCCGUCGGGGUCCUCCUCGCCCGAAGAAGGUUUUGAUGCAGAUCUUGGAUCCCAGACGGCGUUAGAGGAGGCGAAGCACUCGAGUGUAGAUGCAAGGAAAAGCAAAGUCCUCAACAUGCUUUACAAGAUGGCGGAGCCCUCCAAGCGCAUCCCCGCCGACGCUCGCGUCUGCUCCGACUUUGACGACUUCGACUUUUUGGCAAAGUUCUGCAUCUUCAGUCCGGAGAAGCUGGAAGAGUACAAGAGAGCCUUUGAAGAGGAAGACUCGGACGGCGACGGUUACAUCUCGUGCGUUCAAGUGGUGGACGCCCUCAAGGGAAUCGUCCCGGCUGAACUUCUCUCCGAAGAGGAGGAGAUUUACGUUUACAGGAUCCUGGCCCUGGUGGACUUCCGCGUGACAGACGGCCUGGUGGACGUGAGACUUUUUGCCGUCGUCGCCAGCCUGGCGCAAAAGAUCGCCGCCAUGGAUGACUUCAUGAGGUCGCUGGUCACCAGCAUGGACUUUCGCUCUCUCCAAGUCCGACUCUUCAAAGUCAAGCAGCUUUUCCUCUUCCUGCUGGACGAGCACGGGACAGAGGCGGGCGGGCGGCGAGCUCUCAUCAGCGGCGAGCAGCUGGCGCUGGAGCUGAAGGCGGGCGGCAUGGGGCCGGCGCCGGAGCUCCGCACGCUCGCCCCUCUCGACCUGCUGGACUUCCUGGCCUACCUGCCGCUCUUCAUGCGCAUCCACACCUCGGUCGUGGACAACCCGCUGCGCGACGCCACGCAACUGGCGUCAGGUAGGCCCGAUGCAAACGGAAUCCAGAAUUGUGUCCUCAAACAAGUGAAGAGUUGCAUCUUCUGCUGAUGCUGCAAGGUUCCACUUUGAUUGAAGCGGAUCAUCGUCCGGAUGGAAAAAGGCGAGGGGGCCGGGCGGGCGGGCGGAAUCGUCUUUGUGUGCAAUUGGCUCCACUUGAUAGUGUUACAGUAGCGUCCAGCAGGCGCUUUGGGAGAGUGCGGCAUAAUAAGACUUGUCAGUCAGGCUGGAACAAAACACAGCAAAGUGUACCCCGCCCCCCUCCCCCCUUCUGCCCCUUGCACCUCUGUCCCCCUCCCUUUCCUACUCCCUCCUUUAUUCCCGUCCCUGCGUCCUGAAGAGGGAUUGUAAUAAAUUGUGCAAUUUUCUGCAUUGGCCGUGGCAUUCAAAAUCAAGCGUGCAUUGAGUGAGACCCCCACUCUCUCGCUCCACCAGUACUUUCCUUUAUUUGAGCCCACCCCCCAGCCCUCUUUCCCCCCAGGCCUGCCUGUGUGUUUGGCCCAGCAAGGGAGUUUGGAAAGGAGCGUGGGUUCUAUUCAGAGCCUGGCCACGUCCGGCCUGUGUGAAACCAAUCCAGGCGCUCUCAGCCGCUCGCCCCGCAGUCCAAUUAGCGCUUUGUGAGGACUUGCGGUGCACUCGUCCGCCCGCGGGCCCGCGGGGGCUUCCCGUGCGCCUUAAUGAAGGACGUGACAUCUGGGUGCCCUUCCGAACAAACACCUUGAAGGUCUCACUCGGUGUCUGGCUCACUCCAAAGAACACAAAAAUGUAUUUCCAUCAUAAAUGAAUAAAAAUGAAUGACUAAUCAAA